AUGAAGGAACAAAGCGGGGCGGAUAUUGCGGCCCGAGCUGGGGCCCCUUUCGCUGAGCGACGGGGGGGGGGGGGGGCGGGAGGGGCGCGGGUGCGGGGAAAGAAGUCCGCCGCGCAUACGUAUAGGCGUAUAGAACACAAUGCGGCAUCGCUCUGCGUCGACGUGGAUCCGCGCGCCAGCGUACUAGCCACGGCACCACCAAUAAAUACAUACAGCAUGGCCGCCAGCGUCGCCACACCAGCACCGGCCGAGGCAGGGGACGUCGGCUUCCAGCAGGUGAGUACAGCUGCGCGCCUCUCCACCGCGUUCGAUGCGAUUUCCCUGCCGUCUGAUACACCGCUGGCGUUUUCCGCGGCGCUGCUUAUCGCCCGCUUAUCAGUUCGCUCGUGUAGCGACGCUGAUGUUGCUCGGGUCGCGUCGUCACGUUUCCGUGUCGCUGCAGUCUCGGGCCCUGCGUCGCCACGGGGUCCCGACGCG